AUGAUGGUUUCUUAUGCUUGUGCUGGCGGAUGGAAGCCGUGUCCACUGCGCGCUAUGCGGUGUGCUCCCGAGUCAUGAUCUCUACAGGGUGCGGCUGCAUCCAAAUCCGACACGAGCGUCGUUUUCCCUUUCCUAUGUGGCCUGCUGCUCUUUCUCGAUUGAUGAAAACAUGCCAGCAAUUAAUGAACGUCGUUCUUUUUUAAAUCGGAUACAUUCGUUUUUUACGGCAUCAGCCUCACAAAAUUAGCUGGAUAGGCAUGGUCUUUGAGAGCAUUAUAUAUAAAGGCUGGACUGAAUCAAAUGAUUCUCAGAGCGCGUAGUUCAGUGCUAGCUAUAAGAGCUGUCAUCAAUCCUGACCGUCAAUCAAAAGCAGGCAACUUUUAGAACAAAGUCAUGGAGCUGCGUGUUGGAAAUAAAUACCGCCUUGGGCGUAAGAUCGGAAGUGGCUCUUUUGGGGAUAUCUAUCUUGGUGCAAAUAUAACAUCGGGAGAGGAGGUUGCAAUCAAACUAGAGAGUGUGAAGACUAAGCAUCCCCAGCUUCAUAUAGAGAGCAAAUUCUACAAGAUGAUGCAGGGAGGAGUGGGAAUUCCAUCAAUCAAGUGGUGUGGUGCUGAGGGUGAUUACAAUGUGAUGGUGAUGGAGCUCUUGGGUCCAAGUCUGGAAGACCUGUUCAACUUCUGCUCCAGGAAAUUCAGCCUUAAGACUGUGUUGCUACUUGCAGACCAGAUGAUCAGCCGCAUCGAGUACAUCCACUCUAAGAACUUCAUUCACAGAGACAUCAAACCCGACAACUUCUUGAUGGGGCUCGGCAAGAAGGGCAACCUUGUCUACAUCAUAGACUUUGGCUUGGCCAAAAAGUACCGCGAUGCUCGUACACAUCAGCACAUUCCCUACCGGGAGAAUAAAAAUCUGACUGGCACUGCCCGCUAUGCCUCCAUUAACACACAUCUGGGCAUUGAGCAGUCUCGGCGGGAUGACCUGGAGUCUCUUGGCUAUGUGCUCAUGUACUUCAACUUGGGUUCACUGCCUUGGCAGGGUCUUAAAGCUGCAACGAAACGACAGAAGUAUGAACGGAUUAGUGAGAAAAAGAUGUCAACUCCUAUUGAAGUGCUUUGCAAGGGCUAUCCAUCUGAAUUUGCCACAUACAUGAACUUCUGCCGUUCGCUGCGAUUUGAUGACAAACCUGAUUACUCCUAUCUGAGACAGCUGUUCAGAAAUCUGUUCCACAGACAGGGUUUCUCUUACGACUAUGUGUUUGACUGGAACAUGUUAAAAUUUGGAUCCAGUAGGACAGCAGAAGAGAAAGAGAAGGAGCAAAGAGGGGGAGAGGGCGAGGAGAGGGAUGAGAGGCCUGGUGGGGUACCUCAGAGCUCUGCUGCACGUGCACUGCCCUCUGGCCCGAACCUUCCAGCUCCUAACAGAGUCCGCAACGGUCCAGACCCAGCUGGCUCUGCACCUGCCCCACGGGUUCCACAGUCUGGGAAUGCAUCUCCCAGAGCAGGGCGAGGAGCUGAGCGAGAGAGGAGAGUGUGUCUGCGUCUCCAUCGGGGGGCUCCUGCCAAUGCGUCCCCUGAUCUCCCACUGCGCCAUGAUCAGAUCCGCAUCACCCCCCCACAGGUCAGUGUUCCAUUUGAGCACAUGGGAAAAUGAGCUUGACAACUUCUGUUAUUUAUUCUUUUCUUCAGGAGGAUUUCAACAAACAACUCCCCUAAGGCAUUUGUAUUCAUCUUUCUAUAAAACGUCAGUUGUGCAGAGAAACAGAAGUUGGGGAGAAUGUCAGUAAACACCCUGCUGCAUUGGACAAAGGGGUCACAACACGACUCCUCUGAAGUGCUGAAGUUUCCUGGGUAUUUCGACGACGAGGCACAAUUGACGAAGAGGUGUGAUUCAACUACGGACAUUUGGAUCACACAUUUCAGACAUAAUUAAAGGAAAUAAGGACUUUUGCCCUUAACUUGACAGUUGUUCCUGUUGAUUCGACGUACAGAUAUUUGAGAAACACGGAAUAACUUCUUAGAUUGUAAUGUUAAAAAUUGAUUGUUUAUUAAGUGUGAGUCCAAAUAAAUGUAUCGCUUGCACACUCACUUUAAAUGAAAACAAAGGUGUUAUAUGUUGUCAUACAUGCUGAUGUAGUUGGUAUAGUGAAAAACAUCUUUUUAUGUUUGAACAUAUCAGCAUUGAUAUAAAAUUUUUAUGUUUGCCAAAUUAGAUGAAAAUUGGACCGAUUGCAAAACGAGACACUCAAGAAUUUGUCUGUAUUUGCAUAGCAUGGACAACAACUGAAAUUUACCAAGAUGUGAUCCAGACCAAAAGCUCCUCUCAGCCAACCUAAAAUCUUAAUGACAAGCUCAAGCAUCACUGCUGGCCUAUGUAUAUGUCAAAUAUCUCUAGAAUCCCAUGGCAUAUAUAACAAGAUUUAAUCUAGAAAAUUCUGUAAUGGCAUGUUUAGCCAUGGUGCCCUGAUUUCUAAAUAAACGACUGUGUCCAGUAA